UAAAUUCUAUAGCGUGUAUAUACCACAGUAGCUUGCGUAUAUCCAUAAUUAGAUACGGCCAAAGCUAACUUGGUAGUGGAGGAGUAUUAAUACUUUGUCUAGCUCUCUAUACAUGUUAUCUCUCCUCCUCGUCUUCUGCUGCUGUUGCACUUGCAUGCUUCACCAUCUUAAUAAACUAUGGUACUAGUUUGACAAAAAAAAAAAAAACAAAAUAAACUAUAGUACUAGCACUGGUACGGAGUACUGCUUUUGCAUUCUUGAUUCCCUUCCUUUCGGUGGGGGAAAAACAGGAUAGACAAUCCAAUCGGCAACGGCCAAUCAAUUAUGGGGCGUGGAAGGAGCGGAGUGAGGUGAAAUGAGAAAGAAGCCUGAGAUGCACAAGACAAGAAAGUACUCCUUGUAGUCUUAGCUGAGCAGUGUAGUAAAACAAUCGGGUAGAGAAUGAGAACGAUUUGUGACGUAUGCGAGAGCGCUGCCGCCAUCGUUUUCUGUGCCGCCGACGAGGCUGCUCUUUGCCCUUCUUGCGAUGAAAAGGUCCACAUGUGUAACAAGCUCGCUAGCCGACAUGUUAGAGUUGGGCUUGCUGAGCCCAGUGAAGUUCCACACUGUGAUAUAUGCGAAAAUGCACCUGCUUUCUUUUAUUGUGAGGUCGAUGGAAGUUCCCUCUGUCUGCAAUGUGACAUGUUAGUCCAUGUUGGGGGAAAAAGAACCCAUGGGCGAUAUCUCCUAUUGAGGCAGAGAGUUGAGUUUCCAGGGAGCAAACCUGGUCGCUCGGACGAGCUGGGAUUGCAGCCUAUGAGUCCAGGAGAAGCAAGGAGGGAAGCUCUUCAGCCAUCUAAGCUUGCGACAAAUGAGAACCAACAAAAUCACAAUACAUGUCCCAUUCCAAUGCUAGAAAAUGACAAUCAUGUUGGAGAUAAAAUGGAGAGUAAAUUGAUUGAUCUGAAUGCUAGACCUCAACGGUUACAUGGACAAGCUUCAAGUAAUCAGGAACAAGGAAUGGGAAUGUUAAGUGGCAGCAAUCAUGAAUCUGUUAGUGUUGUUCCAGUUGCAUCCUUUAAAAGAGAGAAUGACAAGUGAUUCAGACACAGGUAGUUGGAAGAGUGUUAUCUGAUUUGGUUUAAGUUUCCAUUGAUUCUUUAGCUUUUGGUCACUGUUCCCAGAAUGCUUUGUGGGGCACAGUUUACAUCCAGGAAGUAAGUAGAUUGUCCGGGUUGACUGGAGAACCAUCGAAAUGCGAUUAUUGACCGGAAUACUGUUAGAGAUUGCGCAUUUUUUGAUUGGACUGGUUCAACCCUUCUCAACUCGUAAGAUCAAGAAUGAGCCCCCUUUCCAGAGGCUGGCACUUUGGAUUGGAUUCUCCUCCUCUGGUUGGAGCCAUAAACGAGGCAGCAGUAGCCCAUAUCAAUUGUAUGAGAUCCUAAGGCUUAUAUCAGAAUCCAAGGUGCCCAGAAGCAUGCAAAAUCUGAGUUCACAUUGUGUUUGUAAGAAAUGUUUAGACAAAGUUUGGGGGCAUCGAUCAGAUAGGAAUUUCAUCAGAUUUUUCUUUGUCACCCUUGCUUUGCCGUGGGGUACUUUUAUUAUUACGCUUGUCAGACUACUCCUUUCGCUUGAUAUUACUAGGAGGAAAUGCCCGCGCGACGCGCGGGUGUUUGGUGCCUGUGUUUAAAGAAGA